CCGCAGGUCAGCAAGCGGUCCUGGAAGCUCCGAUGUUGGUGCUGGCGGUAAUCGCCGUCUUCAGCAAACACAGCACCAAGUGGAUGAGGUGGUUGACAUCAUGAGGGUGAAUGUCGACAAGGUGUUGGAGCGAGAUCAGAAGCUAUCGGAGUUGGAUGACCGAGCUGAUGCCCUGCAAGCAGGAGCUUCCCAGUUUGAGACCAGUGCAGCCAAGCUGAAAAGAAAGUAUUGGUGGAAGAACUGUAAGAUGUGGGCAAUACUGAUAGCUGUUAUUCUCAUUAUCAUCAUCAUCAUUAUCAUUGUCUCGACUACAUGAGUUACAGGAAGAAACUCCCAUCAACUGCAGCCGUCUGUCUCCAGCCUCUCCACUUCAAAUCUGCCGUAUUUCCAGCCAAUCUACUGCCAUUUAAAGCCAAACUCCUUUGACGAGCGAGAUGCUAACUAAACCGGGUUGCCUUAAGACACUCCUAACAAGACACUCCUAACAAGCACAGCCCACAACUUGCCCAGUGCCUUGACUGGAGCCCGCAGAGGA